CAAGUAUUUGAGCUUCUUCAUUUUCUUCGUUGUAAAGCUGUUAAAAAUAUAAAUUAAUUAUAGCCAAAUUUUUAAGAGAAAAAUCUCAAAAGCCGAUAUGAGAUUUUGAAUAAUUACUAUAAACUAUAUUUAAACAAGGAAAAUAAUUUUAAACAUUAAUUAUUUUCUAUUUGAAAUUAAAAAAGAAGCAAAGCUGGGAAUUUUAUUUUGCAAAAUGGAAAAUCAAACUUUUACUAUCAGUUUUUGUGGAAUAUACAGGAUUAGCAUCAAUAAGUACUUAGUACCAAUCAAGAUCUCCCUCUUCUGUUGGUUUGCAGGUGCCCGUACCACAGGAGCCUUUGUUCCUGUUUAUUUAAAGCAUCAAGGCCUGACAUUAGCACAUUUAUCAGCAAUGGUGACCAUCAGUGUAGCUUUUCAAUUCAUCGCAGGCAUGAUUUCAGGAAUGUUUGCUGACAGGAUAGGGCGCGUUAAGCCAUUUCUAUUCCUACAUGCAUCUAUUUUCUUAGGAAGCCUAAUAUGUUUCAUUGUUAUGCCCAAGAUAGAUGAAUGCCCCUCAAAAACAAUCACUUUUCACUGUCUUGAUAAUCAAAUCAUUGCUCAAGAACCUUGCCAGUAUUUGCAGGAUAACGUUCAUACAAAUUCAUGCUCCUUAAUUUAUAAAGAGAAUGCAACACAUUUUAAUGAAGAUUGUCCAUUAUUUCUAAAAGAAUAUAUCAGUAUAGAACGAAAUCAUCUGAAUCAAACUUCAGGACUCUGCACGUAUCAGAUUCAUUACAGAAAUUAUUCAUUUAAAGCUAUUUCCCCGUGUGAUAUUCAUAACUGUCAAACAUUUCAAGUGAUAUGCUCUGGAAACAAUUCAUUGCAAUGCCAUAACAACAGAAUGUUUUGGUUAAUAAUUUAUGGAAUUUUAGUUGUCUUAUACAAUACGUCUCGAACCAAUGUUUAUCGGUUCUUUGACGUUAUUACAAUGGAUUUAAUCAACCAAUACAAUUCUGAUUUCGGUAAGCAAAGAUUGUGGUCUGUUUUGGGUUUUUCGGUGGGUCCUCCACUGGCUGGAUUGAUCUUGCAUCAAUUUGCUUCAAAUGGAAAUGACAAAAGUUAUGCUCCAAUAUUUGUCUUCGCGGCCAUAUUUGUCGUCUUGUCAUUGAUCCCUGUUUGGAAAGCAGAUCCAAAAUUUCACAAACCUGCUGCCAAAUUAUGGAAGACGUCUGUAGAGUUAGUAAAGGAUCUGGAAAUUUCUUUGUUCCUCGUAUUCAUUUUGAUAUUAGGAUUUUCGUUUGGAUUUCAAAUGAUUUACGGAAAUUGGUACUUGCAAAAUCUUGGAGCUUCAGAUUUACUACUUGGUGUUAACACUGGUGUUGCUGCUGUAUCCGGAAUACCUUUUCUUUACACGGCCAAAUGGUUCAUAAACAAGACUGGUGUGCGAAAUUUAUUUGUUUUUUGCUUAUUCUCAUAUGCUUUCUAUGCUUUUGCUUUUUCGUUGAUACUCGAACCCUGGCUGGCGAUUGGCAUUGAAUUGGCAAAUGCAUAUGCUUACCACCUAUCUUGGGUGGCAGUGCUACAAUAUUGUGAUGAAGUGGCUCCAGUUGAACUCCAAGCAACAAUGAUCGUCUUAGCUGGAACUCUACAUUAUAAUGUCGCCAGACUAGGAUCAACUGUGAUUGGUGGUAACAUCAUGAAUAAUUUUGGUGGAAGAAUGGCAUACAGAGCCCUGGGGGGCAUUGCUUUGUGUUAUGCAGUCAUAUACGGAACAUACCUUACAUUUCAACGUUUACAUAAAAGAAAGAAUGGAGUUCAACUGAAAUGGGAUGAACGGGAAACAGAACUCUGAGAAAUAAGUAUAAAAUUUAUGCAUCUGCUCAAUGUAAAAAUAUUGUAUAAUAUAUUAUAUUUAUAUAUCAUAAUAAAAAUAUUGUAUUAAGUGUCUCACAUAAA